UAUUAUAGUUUAUAAAUCUUUGUUACAUUUUGUUUCAAUAAUACACGUAAUUAUUUAUCUUUACAUCUACGUAUUUAUUUGUGAUGCUUUCAAAAUUUUAAAUUGCAAAUGUCAGAUAGUUCAAAUUUCGAUUGCUAUCUCUAUAAACUUGGUCUUCAUUGCCAAGUUUCAUUACGUAAAUUUUGUAUCAAAAUCUCGAUUUUAGACUGUAAGUGUAGGUGAAGACGGCGUUAAACAUAUAAAUUUAGGAAUAAUGCAGGCUAUUAAAGCGUUAGGGAGUUCAGCUCCCAACACAGUUUUAUCUGUGUUGAAGAAAGGUGCUUUUGCGCCUGUAGCGAAUCAAAUAAGACAAACUCAUCUACCAGCACCAAAACCAAACGAACAGCGUCCAUACUCACCGUUUCAAGAUGCAAGCAACAUGGCAGAGCUGGCUGUAGCCAGGCUUGAUGACUUACUGAACUGGGGAAGAAAAGGCUCUAUCUGGCCCAUGACAUUUGGUUUGGCCUGCUGCGCUGUAGAGAUGAUGCACAUCGCUGCUCCUCGUUAUGACAUGGACAGAUAUGGUGUAGUGUUCCGUGCAUCACCCCGUCAGUCUGAUGUGAUGAUUGUUGCUGGAACCCUAACCAACAAAAUGGCUCCAGCUUUGAGGAAAGUGUAUGAUCAAAUGCCAGAUCCAAGAUGGGUUAUUUCCAUGGGCAGCUGUGCAAAUGGUGGUGGAUAUUAUCACUACUCAUACUCUGUUGUGAGGGGUUGUGAUCGUAUAGUGCCUGUAGAUAUCUACGUUCCUGGAUGUCCCCCAACAGCUGAAGCUCUACUUUACGGAAUCCUCCAACUGCAAAAGAAAGUGAAGAGGAUGAAGUCAGUACAAAUUUGGUAUAGAAAGUAAUGUGAUAAAUAGGUCAAAUCAAAUAUAAAAUCAUUGUUAUUUAAAUACAGUAAAUAAACAAUGUAGUGCAAGCAGCA